AUGGUCUACCUCAGAACAGUCGCUUUGACCGGCGAGGGCGGACAGCCCAGCCGACCUGAUGGACGUUACGAUGGACGCUUUCACCGACGUAUGGCUGUAUCUGCACCGCAGACAUUUGCAAAUGUUCCUUGUCGGAUGAGUCUGGAAGGAUUCGCUCAAAACGCCAACUUUGUAGGCGAAAGGGGCUGGAUCUGCGAAGCAGCAAUUUGA